AUGAAGAAAUCCACCUAUGUUCUUGCUUCAAUUCUUGGGUUGCUUUUUUUGUUUGGCGCAAAUUCAGUAAAUGCUCAAGAAGUUGGGUAUUUUUUUUUGGCAGAGGAUGAGAGGGAAUUUGAUUACGCAAAGGGAAGUGAAAAGGGUCCGACAAAAUGGGGAGAGUUGAAGAAAGAAUGGGCAGCAUGCAAGGACGGUAAAUUGCAGUCUCCCAUAGAUAUGUCAAAUGAAAGAGUAAGAGUAAUUACAAAGCCAGAAAAGAGGAAUUAUAAGCCUUUCAAUGCCACUGUCAGGAAUAGAGGUCAUGAUAUUUCGUACCCACUUCGACAAGCCCAUUGGCACUCUCCUUCUGAACACACUAUUAAUGGUAGAAGAUAUGACAUGGAACUGCACUUGGUACACCAAACCUCGGACCUAAAUGUUAAGAACAAGAUAGCUGUUACUGGUGUCUUGUACAAGAUUGGAAAACCCGAUAAAUUUCUCUCCAAGUUAAUGACAAAUAUAUCAUCAAUGGUUGAUCUGAAGGAUGAAGACAGAAAUUUGGGAAUAAUUAAUCCCAAAGAUAUUAAAAUGAACAGUCAAAGGUAUUACAGAUACAUGGGAUCACUUACUGUUCCUCCUUGUACCGAAGGUGUUAUCUGGACUUUAAACACUAAGGUGAAAACUGUUUCAAAAGAUCAAGUUAAGUUGCUUAGAGAAGCCGUCCACGAUUAUGCAGAAGAAAAUGCACGACCAUUGCAACCACAUAACAGUCGAGAUGUUUACCUUUAUGGCCCAGGAGAUACAUGUGAUUGA